AUGAGCGAUAUCAGAUACUCCUCUGGAAAGAGUCGCAGCGAUGCCCUCUUGACCGAUUACCAGAAGUUCAUUUGUAAAAUGGCACAAAUCCUCGAUGAUGAGAAGGGUGGCGAUUCUGCCACAGCGCUUAUUCUUGCGAAAGGACUGCGUGGACCAGACUACGUUUUUGCCUCAAACUCGAGGAAAGCAUCUGAACUGGAAAGAGCCAAGUCGUUUCUCUCUGACCUCCUCGGAUACGUGGGAAGCAACCCUGAUGAAUUGACUCCCAAGGGACUACAAAAGCAAGUCUUUGAUCGUAUUCUUGAGUUCAAUUUUCUCAGAUUUGAUGCAUACCUAAACGGAUUGGGUACCGCUUUGCAGUCCUGCAUAGAUAACUGCGAGAGAUCACAGGAGCCUAGCAGGUUCAGCGACAUGGCUCAGCUGCAAGCCAUCAAAGACAAGUCUCUGUUUCCUCGCGACAUGACUUCCUCUAUUGACUCCAAAAAGAAAUUUUUCCGUGACUGCGAAGAUCUUAUCAAAGCUAUACAUCACAGCCAAAAUACCGGAAUAAAUAAAGUCUUCGACAAGCACAUCGGCAUUACCGAGCCGGAAAUCUCAUAUCAAUGGUGUCAGCUGCGCCAUCAUCUUGGCCGUCUUCAUUCACUUCGCCAAGCUUCCGAGGCCAUAAUCGAUGCUUCCACAAAGUGGCCCUCGCUAUUCAAAGACUUCACGGUCAACUACAUUCCAUCAUCCCGUCUCCGAAGGUUCACUCGCCUCCACGGACCGCACGCUUCGCCAACGGAAAUUAUUGAGGCUGCAUUUCCAGAUCAUGACCUAACAUAUUACGAGGGCGACAUCGCGGAGCUUCGCAGACAUGGCCUGGAUGAACAAAUCCAGAAGCAGGAGCUCAAGUUUCCAUCAAAGACUCUGGUUCACUGCGAAGCGAAUUUGCACGGCCAUCUUGUCAAAGCUCGCAAAACUCGACCUUGUGACUUCUGGAAUGAUGUCAUGUUUAUCGCUACUAGCAAGCCUCCUUGCAGGCUUUGCUAUUACUAUUUUCAAGACGGCGACAACGACUUCCAAGUACAGUGGUCCCAUAUGAACCUUUAUCCUCGAUGGCGGCUCCCCGACGUUGUUGAUUCUAACGAUGAAGCAAGCAUUGGGCAUCGUGAGGAGCUGAUAGAGGAUAUAUUCGAGCACAUGCAGGAAAGUAUACUGAAUGUUUUACAAGAGAAGUUCCCUCAGUGGAAACGAAAUGAUUCUCGUACAGACUCGCGAGGCUGUACAGAUGUUCGAGAGGGUGCGGAUAGUAGAACUCCAACUGGCGAACACUAUAUGCCACCCUCGGUGAUGGAUGAGGUAGACUACGUGACGGACAUAUGCACUGAAACUAAGACUUUUGGUUUUGCCCAUUAA